UUUGGAAAGCUUUGUUUAAGUGCUCGCAUCGGUGUAUUCUGGGAGGAUCCUUGUGCAAUCUGAGUAAUUAUAAGUUUUCUCAUAGCGCUCUUUUGUACUUUUCAUUUAUAGCUUUAUUGAGGUAUAAUUGACAUACAAUAAACUGUACAGACUGAAAGUAUACAAUUUGAGAAGUCUUGACAUAUGUGAAACCAUUACCACAGUCUAGAUAAUGGUAAUUUUCAUCAUCCCCAACAGUUCUCUUCUGCUCCCUUGUAAUCCCCCCCUCCACCCCUUCCCAGAUAACUGCUGAUGUGCUUUCUGUCACUGUAGAUUAGUUUCAUUUUCCAGAAUUUUAUAUAAAUGGAAUCCUAUAUACUCAUGCUCUUUUGUCUGGCUUGUUUUACUCAGUGUCGUCAUUAUGAGAUUCAUCCCCGAUAUUGCAUGUGUCGAUAAUUCAUUCCUUUUUGUUGCUGAGUAAUAGUCAAUUCUGCAGACACAUCACAUUUUUUUAACCCAUUUACCUGUUGGGUUAAUGGAUUUGGGUUGUUUCCGGUUUUUAGAUAUUACACAUAAAGCUGCUUGUGAAUAUUCAUGUAUAAAUCUUUUGUGGUCGUGUGCUUUCAUUUUCCUAGGUAAGUAACUAUGAGUGGAAUAGUUGAGUCAUAUGGUAGGCAGAUGUUUACCAUUUCAAGAAGCUGCCUGUGUUCUAAAGUGGUUAUACCAUUUCACAUUCCUCACCAGGAACAUCUGAGAGCUGUCUCCUCUAAACUGACUGAAGAGCCCUUGUUUCUGUCUUCUUGGCUCAUCCCUUCUUCUUUCCUCUGGGUACAUGUGAGAGAGGUGAGGAUGGGAGUUAGGGACCAGAGGUGGAGACAUGUAUAGAUUAACUUAAGGGUGAAUGGCUGUCAUACAUAGAUUAAGUUGUCUUAGUAUCUUUUUUUUCCUCCAUCUUUCUGUUUCUUUCCAUCUGUUAUAGGCAAUUAAGAAACAGGCAGUAGCCCAGGUGAUGUGAUUCAGAUUAUUAAUACAUCUCUUUUUGUGAUGGAAUGAUUGAUAUUUUUACCCCUCACCUGCAGGUGCCCAGACACCAUGCCACAACCCUGCAGACCUGACACUGGCAGAAAGUAGGAGACUUCCUUGUCUCCUCUGUCCCCAUCCUCACCAUGUCGUCGACUCAGGGCAAUGGGAAACACUGGGAGUCCCUGGAGUCGGUGGGCAUCAGCCGCAAAGAGCUGGCCAUGGCUGAAGCCCUGCAGAUGGAGUAUGAUGCUCUGUCCCGGCUCCGGCAUGACAAGGAGGAAAACAGGACCAAGCGGAACACGGACCCCUCCCUCAUCGGCCUGGAUGAGCCUGUCCUGGACUUCUACAGCAAGCCAGCGGGGAGGCAGAAGGACCUCAAGCUCUUACGCGGUCUUUCUGGCUCUGAUCCUACCCUCAAUUACAACUCACUCUCCCCACAGGAAGGGCUGCCCAACCACUCUACCUCCCAAGGCUCCCAGCCUGGCCCAGAUCCCUGGCCCAAAGGCUCCCUGGCUGGAGACUAUCUUUACAUAUUUGAUAGUUCAGAUGGGGGGCUCUCUUUUUCCCCAAGGCCAGGGGACAUAGAUGACUCUUCUAAGAAACUGUCCCCACCUCCUCUGCCUCCUCGAGUCUCUAUCUGGGACACCCCUCCCCUACCUCCCAGGAAGGGGCCCCCGUCUUCCUCCAAGAUCUCCCAGCCCAAUGACAUCAACACUUUUCCUUUGGUCGAACAGCCUCCAGGCAAAUUGCUAGGGCAGCAGAUCCUAGAGGAAGAGAAGCCAAGAGGUGGGGGUACAGGGCACCUAUUGGGGUCUGUGGACUACGACGGUAUCAAUGAUGCGAUUACACGGCUCAACUUGAAGUCAACCUACGAUGCAGAGAUGGUGCGGGAUGCCACCAGGGGCUGGAAGGAGGGCCGGGCGCCCCUGGACUUCAGCAAGGACAUUCCUGGAAAACCUGUGGCCCGGAGCAAGACCAUGCCCCCUCAGGUGCCCCCCCGCACCUAUGUCUCUCGCUGUGCCAGCCGAAAAACUGCGAUACCCGGCAAGAACCACCGGAUUUCUGCUGCUUCGGUGGUCUCCCGGCCCCACGCCUUCGUCAAUGGCCAUGAGUUGUUUGAGGUCUCAGAGGAGAGAGACGAGGAAGUUGCUGCAUUUUGCCACAUGCUGGAUAUCCUUCGAUCUGGCUCCAAUAUCCAAGACUACUUCCUCACCGGCUAUGUCUGGAGCGCUGUCACCCCGAGCCCGGAGCACCUUGGGGAUGCGGUGAACCUGAAGGUGACGGUGUUGUGUGACAGCCUACAGGAGCCACUCACUUUUACCUGCAACUGUUCCUCAACUGUGGACUUACUCAUCUACCAGACCCUAUGCUACACCCACGAUGAACUGAGGGGCGUGGAUGUGGCUGACUUUGUGCUGAAGCCGUGUGGGCUGGAGGAGUUCCUGCAGAAUAAGCACGCUCUGGGCAGCCAUGAGUACAUUCAGUACUGCCGCAAGUUUGACAUUGACAUUCGGCUACAGCUGAUGGAGCAGAAAUCCGUACGCAGCGACCUGGCCCGCACGGUAAAUGAUGACCAGAGCCCCUCCACUUUGAACUACCUCAUCCAUCUGCAAGAGAGGCCAGUCAAGCAGACCAUCAGCAGGCAGGCCCUGAGUCUUCUGUUUGACACUUAUCACAAUGAGGUGGAUGCCUUCCUGCUGGCUGAUGGGGACUUCCCAGUGAAGGCUGACAGGGUAGUCCAGUCCGUCAAGGCCAUCUGCAAUGCCCUGGCUGCCGUGGAGACCCCCGAGAUCACCAGUGCUCUCAACCAGCUGCCCCCCUGCCCCUCCCGCGUGCAGCCUAAAAUCCAGAAGGACCCCGCCGUCCUGGCUGUGAGGGAAAACCGAGAGAAGGUCAUGGAAGCCCUGACAGCUGCCAUCCUGGACCUGGUGGAGCUGUACUGCAGCACGUUCAAUGCCGACUUCCAGACGGCAGUCCACGGGAGCCACAAGCACGACCUGGUCCAAGAGGCCUGCCAUUUCUCCGGGCCUCUGGCCUUCACUGUCUAUGCCACCCACCGCAUCCCUAUCACCUGGGCUGCCAGCUAUGAAGACUUCUACCUCUCCUGCUCCCUCAGCCAUGGGGGCAAGGAGCUGUGCAGCCCCCUGCAGACCCGGAGGGCUCACUUCUCCAAGUACCUCUUUCACCUCAUCAUCUGGGACCAGCGGAUCUGCUUCCCAGUGCAGGUGAACCGGCUGCCUCGGGAGACGCUGCUGUGUGCCACCCUCUACGCGCUGCCCAUCCCUCCACCAGGGAGCUCCUCGGAGGCCACUAAGCAGCGGAGGGUGCCUGAAGCCCUGGGCUGGGUCACUACCCCGCUCUUCAACUUCAGGCACGUCCUGACCUGUGGCCGGAAGCUUCUAGGCUUAUGGCCAGCAACGCAGGAAAACUCCAGUGCCCGUUGGAGUACACCUAAUUUCCACCAGCCCGACAGCGUCAUCCUGCAGAUUGACUUCCCCACCUCAGCCUUUGAUAUCAAGUUCACCAGCCCCUCUGGAGACAAGUUCAGCCCCUGCUAUGAGUUUAGCAGCCUUCGGGAGGAAGACCAGCACGUGCUUAAAGAUAUCAUGCAGAAGGAGUCCCUGUACUGGCUCACUGAUGCUGACAAGAAGCGCCUAUGGGAGAAGCGAUACUAUUGCCACUCGGAGGUGAGCUCACUGCCCCUGGUGCUCGCCAGUGCCCCGAGCUGGGAGUGGGCGUGCCUGCCCGACAUCUAUGCUCUCCUGAAGCAGUGGACCCGAAUGAACCACCAGGAUGCCCUGGGGCUCCUACACGCCACCUUCCCAGACCAGGAGGUGCGGCGGAUGGCUGUCCAGUGGAUCGGCUCGCUGUCGGAUGCCGAGCUGCUUGACUACCUGCCCCAGCUUGUGCAGGCCCUGAAGUACGAGUGCUACCUGGAUAGCCCCUUGGUGCGCUUCCUCCUGAAACGGGCAGUCUCUGACUUGAGAGUGACUCACUACUUCUUCUGGUUGCUGAAGGACGGCCUCAAAGACUCCCAGUUCAGCAUCCGCUACCAGUAUCUGCUGGCAGCCUUGUUGUGCUGCUGCGGCAAGGGGCUGAGAGAGGAGUUUAACCGCCAGUGCUGGCUUGUCAACACCCUGGCCAAGCUGGCCCAGCAGGUCCGGGAUGCUUCCCCAUCUACACGGCAGGGGAUCCUCCGCACGGGCCUGGAAGAUGUAAAACAGUUCUUUGCCCUCAAUGGCUCCUGCCGCCUGCCACUCAGCCCCAGUCUGCUGGUUAAGGGCAUUGUGCCCAGGGACUGUUCCUACUUCAACUCCAAUGCCGUCCCCCUCAAGCUCUCCUUCCAGAAUGUAGAUCCGCUGGGCGAGAACAUCAGAGUCAUCUUCAAGUGUGGGGAUGACCUUCGUCAGGACAUGCUCACCCUGCAGAUGAUUCGCAUCAUGAACAAGAUCUGGGUCCAGGAGGGGCUGGACAUGCGCAUGGUGAUUUUCCGCUGCUUCUCCACCGGAAGGGGGAGAGGGAUGGUGGAGAUGAUCCCUAAUGCCGAGACCCUGCGCAAGAUCCAGGUGGAGCACGGGGUGACCGGCUCCUUCAAGGACCGGCCUCUGGCCGACUGGCUGCAGAAGCACAACCCUGGGGAGGACGAGUACGAGAAGGCCGUGGAGAACUUCAUCUAUUCCUGUGCCGGCUGCUGCGUGGCCACGUACGUCUUGGGCAUCUGUGACCGACACAAUGACAACAUCAUGCUGAAGACGACUGGCCACAUGUUCCACAUAGAUUUUGGCCGCUUCCUGGGCCAUGCCCAGAUGUUUGGCAACAUCAAGCGGGACCGUGCUCCCUUUGUCUUCACCUCGGAUAUGGCGUAUGUCAUCAACGGGGGCGACAAGCCUUCCAGCCGCUUCCAUGAUUUUGUUGACCUUUGCUGCCAAGCCUACAACCUCAUUCGCAAGCACACCCACCUCUUCCUCAACCUUCUGGGCCUGAUGCUGUCCUGUGGGAUCCCUGAGCUCUCAGACCUGGAGGACCUCAAGUAUGUGUAUGAUGCCCUGAGGCCUCAGGACACAGAGGCCAAUGCCACUACCUACUUUACUAGGUUGAUUGAGUCCAGCUUGGGCAGUGUAGCCACAAAGCUCAAUUUUUUCAUCCAUAACCUGGCUCAGAUGAAGUUCACGGGCUCAGACGACCAGCUGACCCUUUCCUUUGCCCCCCGCACGUAUACUCUUCAGCGCUCUGGCCGCAUCAGUGAUGUCUUUCUCUCCCGCCAGGAGAAGGUCUUCCACCCCAACAAGACCUACAUCUAUGUGAUAAAGGUGAUGCGCGAGAAUGCUCAUGAGGCCACUUACAUCCAGCGGACGUUUGAGGAGUUCCAGGAGCUACACAGUAAGCUGCGGCUGCUCUUCCCUUCUUCUCUCUUGCCCAGUUUAAUAAGUCUCUUUUCAUCUGGAACAGUCCCUUUCCUUUUUUUAUUGGGCCAUUGUCUUACUGAUGAACCACCCUGUUUUCCAAUUCCACCCCAGUGUGAUUUGGUGUACACCUUCUUCCACCCUCUGCCUCGGGAUGAGAAGGCCGUUGGCACCAGCCCGGCGCCCAAGUCCUCAGAUGGCUCUUGGGUCGAUCCAGUCGGGAAGGUGGGAGGGGAGGUGAAGCUGUCCAUCUCCUACAAAAACAAUAAACUCUUCAUCAUGGUGAUGCAUAUUCGGGGCUUGCAACUACUCCAGGAUGGGAAUGACCCUGACCCCUAUGUGAAGAUUUACCUCCUUCCUGACCCUCAUAAAACCACUAAGAAGAAAACCAAAGUGGCCCGGAAAACCUGCAACCCCACCUACAAUGAAAUGCUGGUGUAUGACGGGAUCCCCAAGGGAGACCUGCAGCAGCGGGAGCUGCAGCUGAGCGUGCUGAGUGAGCAAGGGUUCUGGGAGAAUGUGCUCCUGGGCGAGGUGCACAUCCGUCUGCGUGAGCUGGACCUGGCCCAGGAGAAGACGGGCUGGUUCGCACUAGGAUCUCGAAGUCAGGAGACCUCCUGAGCCCUGCAGAGCCCCAGCCCAGGCCCCCAGGCUGGUGGAGGAGCUGCGGGAGAGGCCGCUUCCUGCUUGACUUGUCUUUUCCUUGUGCAGGGGCAGGGCCCUUGGCAGGCCUCCCUGCUGUCCAGGUGGACGGGGCCUCUGCGAUAGGAGGCGGGGAGCGUGAGAGGCUCGCUGCCAUCCCCUCCUCUGCAGACUGAGUUCGAGUUGGUGUGAUGAGCAGCCCCUUGGAGGCUGUGAGGUUGCAGCAAAGUUUUAAGUUUACCUUGUGUCAAGGGAGCAACGCCUGGUUUGGGGUAUGUGGUGGGUUGGGCUGUAUGAAGUAGCGUUUUAGGGAAGGGUGGGUCGAUAUCUUUAUUUUUAUUUUUAAAAAAUGAAAUAGUAAUGUUGUCCUAACUGGACAGGAAGCCCUGUGAGAAGGGACUUGCAUAUGCCUCAGAAGUCAAAAAGAGGAAGACUGUUUGGACUUUUAUAUGAUUAAGGUUCUUAUUGGACUUUUCCCUAAGUUUGUGUUGAUUUGUUUUUUGGUUUUCUCUCUAUAGGAAUUAUUUGGGGUGGGGCCCAGUGGGUCCUCAGAGCCCCCAGUCUCUAAGGGCAGGUUGGGGAGGGGCAGGGAUGGCUACACGGGGACUGAGGCCUGUGCUGCGGGGCCUUUCUGACUUUGCCUCCAAAGGAGAGCGAGAUGUGAUACCUACGUGUGUAAGGAAGGGCCUUUCUUACAGGCUUCUGCAAAGGACUGUCAGGGACCUGUGCCCUUCUGCGGGGGUCUUUCCUCUCAUCUUGGCCUACUUUGCUAGGUCUUGCCCUGAACAGGUCUGCCCACCCCUCCACUCUCUCGCCCUUCUGGGGCCCUCAGGUCCCUGUGAAUACGCUGGGGCUGCUUCCCCGAAGGUGUCUCCCUUCGUUUUUCUCUGUGGGAUAAAAUGCUGCCUCGGCCCUUGAUUUCGUUUCACCCAAGGGCAUCUGAGCCCUGGGAAGGGCCGUUAGGCUGCAGAUGCCAAUGUGGCUGCCUGCUGGGGUAGGCCUUUCCCGUAACCCAUCACUCUUUUUAUGCUGCUUCUCUCCUAACUUCUAUUUCUGUCACAGUUUUUAUAAGGAUUUCCCUCAUUUUAUGGGGCCAUAAACCUAUUUAGUCUGGAGCCAAAGGGAUGCCCUAUCUGAAGGAAAGGGUGUGGGGUCCUUUCAAAACUUUGUUUUUUUUUCCAGUGGUUUUCUUUGCUCUUAAGGAGACUGGAUUGGAACGGCGGUCGAUCCCCUGAAGCUGGGCGGGAGAGACUGGGUCUCUCACCUCUAAUGCUCCUCAUAUCCUUCCACUUGGACUUGAAAUUCUUGCGCUUUACUCCAGAGCGUUAUCUUCCUUGAAAAAAAGAGGGAGAGACUUUGAGUUUGAUGUUAAUGUUUUAAACUAGAAUUGGCUGGAUGUGCCUCGUGAUUGGGGAACGGAGUUUAUGGGGGAUACUUUAUGAACUGUCUGUCACUCCUCAGCUUCCUCCCCAGCUACAAGGAUCAGAAAUUCCCCCUUUUGCUGACUCAUUCCGUAACUGGAGAAAGAAGCUCCAUGCAUCGAAGCCAUAGGACAGUGAGGAAGUUUAAACUUUUAAAUUAAAAAUGCCAAGGAUAAAGCUGGCUGCUGCGGGGAGGGGCUAGGGAAGUGGGGAACAGGAGUGGACUUCUCCAGAUGAAUGGACCAUAGAUGUGUUACUGGCUUGUUGCCUGUAGCUCAUUUUAUUUUGACCCUCUACACCCUUGACUUAAAGAGGUCUGUGUAUUGUACCCACUUUCCAGAUGUCCUUGUAUCUCCUACUUUCUCUGGAAUUGUAUUUUCUAAUAAAUGUCAUUUGAGGAAAGCAAAA